UGUAUUGCGUGUCAAAUAUUUACUAAUAUAUAAAUGUAAAUUGUUAAUAGGAUUUUUCAAAAUUCAAUGUAUGGACUACCGCCAAAUGAGUUCGACCGUUUGUGCGAUGAACAAUUUGCAGCAUGGUUCAAAACAUAUGUUCACAGUAAUCAUGAUCAAGUUGAAGAGCAAGGAUUGCUAUAUUAUCUGUCAUGGGGUGCACAGUCAAGCAUACGAACUUGGCCAGCAUAUUUCAUAAACGGGUAUAAUUUUCACACUCAAGAAUAUGGAAUGGGAAAAGCCACAAUGAAUAGUGGUGUGUGUGUUCGGUCAUCCAAUUGUGGUAGUUCAAAAGAUGAUUUUUAUGGCUUGUUGGAUGAAAUCAUCGAGAUAGAGUACCCCGGACCAUUAAUGCGGGUUGUGUUAUUUAAGUGCAUGUGGUUCAACCCCGUCAAAGGAAUGAAGGUGCAUACGAAGUUUAAUUUGGUUGAAAUAAAUCACAAGAAAAGGUAUAAGAAAUAUGAACCAUUUGUGUUGGCACAACAAGCAAUUCAAGUAUAUUAUGCAUCAUAUCCUAGUUUGAAACGUGACAAAGCUGAUUGGUGGGCUGUAUGUAAAACCAAAGCACGAAGAAAAAUCGAGGAACACUGGAAGGAUACAGCAUAUCAACAAGAGGAAGUUUGUAACGCGGUUCAAACUGAGGAAUAUAACAUUCCUACUCUACGAGAUCCAUGUGGAGCAAUGAUAGAUGUAGAUCUAACUGAAAUUCGCGAAUCAAAUUUAGAAGGUGUUGCAUAAUCUGAUUUUGAGACAGAGGAUGAUGAGGAUGAUGAUGAUGAUGAUGACGAUGAUGACGACGAUGACGAUGAUGCUCAAGAAGAAGAUCAAGAUCAAGAUGAAGACAAA